UCCUGUGAAGACACAUACCUUACUGCUGACCACACCAGGAAACCGUGCUCUCUGUCCGCUUCGCAUGCAGGAGUAUAAAAAGAUGGAAGAUGAGCACCAUUUGCAUGAAAAUGUCCUAAGACGGUUAGGUUUUCAAACAAGAGACGAACAACGGGAUGUUCUUAUUUUAAAUGUCCUGAUGCUAGGUGACAGGCAGAGUGGGCGGAGCUCUGUGGGGAAUGCUCUCAUUGGUGGCCACGAAUUUCACACAGGAACCGCCGUCUCUAAUGUCCCCGUAACGAAAGAACUCCGGGUCCUAAGCAGAACAUUUCCAGCAUAUUUCAGGAGGCAGGGGGCGGAGUCUGACCUGGUGCUGAGAGUUAUGGACACGCCCCCAAUGAGGCCCCGCCCACAGAGCCUGCAGGAGCUCUGCCCUGAGGGUGUCCAUGUGCUCGUUGUCGUUGUAAGACUGGAUCGGCUGAAUGAAAACUCACAGCUGCUGUGUCACGCAGAGAGUCUCUUCGGUCCAGACUGGCGACGUCACGCAAUGCUCGUCUUAACACACGCUAAUCACCUGGAAAAGGCGGGGCUUCAACCUUCCGUUUACCUCGCCCAGAGCUCUGAUUGGCUGAGCUCUCUGGCUGAAGAGGCUGGGGGCGGAGUUUCUUUUUUAGACAACAGCUGUGAUUGGCCGUCAAUCAGAGGCCACCCGCUGAGAGACCAACUUCUCCGCCUGUCGGCUAGGAACCAUCACAAGGCUCUGAGAGUCAGGACGGACCAAUCACUCUGACGCCUCUACGUGUAAAAUCUGAUACGUUUCUGCAUAUUUUGGGUUAAAAUACAUUGAACUGGAUUGAAACAUGUAUAUCUGUACUUUGAUCUUGAACGUUGCGUGUUUGCUUUAAAUAAGACAAACAGAAUAUUGUUACGGUAACUAGGUUUCAAACUAUUUGUUUUCAUAUUUAUGAAUUAAGGUACAUUUUGGAGAGAGCAUUUUGACACUUUGGUGGCAGCAAUGGCAACAAAUAAUAACUAUCUGUAAAACUUUUG